AUGACGCGCCGCGUCGCGCGCGCUGCGCUGGCCUACGCCGCGGUCGGCGCUCGGGCACGGGUCUGCGAGGUCACGAUCCAGGUCGACGGCGCGGGCGUAGGCCUCGCCUUCGCGGACGAUGUGGAGCUCGACGCGGCCGUGCGCGGGUUCGUGGCCCGCUUCGCGCUGCCCCUCGACCAGAUGGGCUGCGCCGACGACGGUUGCGCCGUCGAGUACAUCAAGGCGCACGCCCGCCUGAACGCCGCCUGCGACGCCGCGCCCUACGGCGACGCCGCGGCGUCCGACGUGGACGCCGCGUCUCCGGACUACGCUGCGCCUCUGGACGACGAAGACACCGCGCGGUCCGAGCCCGGCGCAUCGCUUCUGGACGACGACGAUGCCGCGCGGUACGAGCCCGACGCCGCGGCGGACGCCGGCGAGCGCGAGGCCGCGGGCGAGGCCGCGCCGGCAGGAUCGGCGGCGCUCCUCCCGUCGACGCUCGAGGACUACGUGACCCUGUGGAUGGUCGCGUGGUCCGCGUGCUUCGCCGUCGCCGCGGUGGUCGCGGCGCUCGAUCGCGCGCUCGACCUCCGCGUCGAAGACCGGUGCCCGCGCUUCCGGCGGGCCUUCUCGCUGCCGCGCGGCGCGCGGCGCUGGCUCCUCGCGACGGGCGGUUUCGCGGCGUUGCUGGACGCGCGCGGGAACCUGCUGCCGAACCUGCACGACGCGCUCCACGGCCCCGGGGGCCUCUGCCGCGUCGGCGCCGUGGGCCACGCGUCGCUCCACGACGUCAAGGUCGAGGGCGCGUCCUACGCCCUCUACGCGCUCGAGGCGGCGCUCGGCGCGGCGCAGCUCUUCGCGGCGUCGAGGGAUGCGCCGGCGAGCCCGCUCCGGGAGACCCUGCUCUGGGUGUUGCUGCAUUCGUCGGAGCGCGCGUGCUCCGAGUCGCACGGCCUGGGCAAGCAGUGGGCGUACGCGGCGCUCGUCCAGCUCUGGGUCGCCCUCACGCCCGACGACCCGGGGCCGAGCGCGGGCGCCGUCGGCGUCCUCUUCCAGAUCUGGGCCACGCACGCCUUCGCGGGCGCCGAGAAGGCCGGUCUCGGGCGCGAGGCGUCGACGUCCUCCUGGAACGCCGCGUAG